AAACUCGCCCCGCGUCCCUGCCGCCCUCGGCCGCGCCUCAGCUCUGAGGCUCGCCUCGCAGCCGCAGCGGCCCCGCGAGCAGGAGGAGGAGCCGCCGCCGCAGCAUCAAAGAGACCGAAUUCCCGCGGCCUGGGGGGGAGUCAUGCUUUGCGGUCUGUAAUGUCAGCAGAACAGGAGAAGGAUCCCAUUUCGCUGAAGAGAGUUCGAGGUGGUGAUAGUGGACUGGAUGGGUUAGGAGGACCAGGUGUGCAACUAGGAAGCCCAGAUAAGAAAAAACGCAAGGCAAAUACACAGGGGCCUUCUUUUCCUCCAUUGUCUGAGUAUGCUCCGCCACCGAAUCCAAACUCUGACCAUCUAGUGGCUGCUAAUCCAUUUGAUGACAACUACAAUACUAUUUCCUAUAAACCACUACCUUCAUCAAAUCCGUAUCUUGGCCCUGCUUAUCCUGGCUUUGGAGGCUACAGCACAUUCAGAAUGCCACCUCACGUUCCUCCAAGAAUGUCUUCCCCAUACUGUGGUCCUUACUCACUCAGGAAUCAGCCACACCCAUUUCCUCAGAAUCCUUUGGGCAUGGGUUUUAAUCGACCUCAUGCUUUUAACUUUGGGCCACACGAUAAUUCAAGUUUUGGAAAUCCAUCUUACAAUAAUGCACUGACUCAGAAUGUUAACAUGCCUAAUCAACAUUUUAGACAAAAUCCUGCUGAAAACUUCAAUCAGAUUCCUCCGCAGAAUGCUAGCCAAGUAUCUAACCCUGACUUGGCAUCUAACUUUGUCCCUGGAAGUAAUUCCAAUUUUAGUUCUCCGUUAGAAUCUAAUCAUUCUUUUAUUCCUCCCCCAAACACUUUUGGUCAAGCAAAAGCACCACCCCCAAAACAAGACUUUAGUCAAGGAGCUACCAAAAACACAAAUCAAAACUCCUCUGCUCAUCCACCUCACUUAAAUAUGGAUGACACAGUGAAUCAGAGUAACAUUGAGUUAAAAAAUGUGAAUCGAAACAAUGUCGUCAGUCAAGAGAAUAGCCGUUCGAGUAGCACUGAGGCUACAAACAACAGCCAUGCAAAUGGGACACAGAGUAAGCCACGGCAGCCGAGAGGUGCCACAGAUACAUGCACCACUGAGAAAAGCAAUAAAUCUGCUCUCCACCCAAGCCGCCACGGGCAUUCUUCCUCUGACCCAGUGUAUCCUUGUGGAAUUUGUACAAAUGAGGUGAAUGAUGAUCAGGAUGCCAUCUUAUGUGAAGCCUCUUGUCAGAAAUGGUUUCAUCGCAUCUGCACUGGAAUGACCGAAACAGCUUAUGGCCUCCUAACAGCAGAAGCGUCAGCAGUAUGGGGCUGUGAUACCUGUAUGGCUGACAAAGAUGUCCAGUUAAUGCGCACUAGAGAAGCAUUCGGUCCACCUGCAGUGGGCAGUGAUGGCUAAUAACAGGCAUUCACUUCGGUGUUUCCCCACCCUCUGUGUAUUACAGAGGGUCAGUGACACAGGAUUUUAAUGUUUUACAUAAUUUUUUAAAUGCAUACAUGAAAAGAUUAUUUACCUUUUAGUUUUUAUUAAUACUCCAUUGCUAGUGCAUAUUUUGUAUUGUCUUGUUUGCUAUCGUAAAUAAGAAUAAUGUAUAUGGGGGUGCAUUAGAAAGUACUAUACAAAUAAAUUUUAGUUAUUGUUAAACAUAAAAGCCUCUUGAAGCUUCAAGAUAAUGUAUAGCAAACGUAGGCAAGUUUUUACUUUUUUAAAAGUUACAGUCAUUGAAAAAUGUGUCAGUUGACCCUUGAACACAAGUUUGAUCUGCAUACAUCCACUGGUUUCCAGUAAACGCAUACUGUCGUACUACAUGAUCCUUGGUGGGUUAAACCCUAGGAUAGGGAAACACAGUUUUGGGGGGCUGGCUGUAAAGUUGUAUGCAGUUUUUUGACAGUGAAGAGAUUGGCACCCCUAGCUCCUACAUUGUUCAAGGGUCAAGUGUAUUUCACUGCUGAACUUUGGCAAUAUCAAAUUAAACAUUUAGUUCAAAGAAUAUUUGAGAAUCCAUGUAAUGUGUUCUCAGAAUAUAUGUAGCUAAAACAUGAAAGCAUACAUUUUAAUGGAUCUUCUAACAAAUAGUAGAGUAUGACACCAGAUUCUUCCCUUACUGGUGUUCCUGAAAUUAGUGACUGUCAUAUUAUCAAGUCAGUCUUUCCAGGAUGUCUGUUUGUACAGAUACAAGACAGAUGUUAACAUAUAGUAGAUGUUCAAUACAUAUUUGUUGAUUAACUUGUGGAUUGUACCACAUGAAAUUGCUAACGUAAGAUCAGUUGAAAAUUGACUACAAUUAGUAGAGUUGUCAUAAAGGGUGUUUUUAGUUGUGCUGUUUAGAAAUAUAACAAUAUUAUGCUCUUCACUC